AUGAGCAUCGACAGCGCAAUAACUCAGAAAAUCUUUGGCAAAUACGAACUCAAAGAAACUGCAUUUCCCUACACUAAUAAAGGAAUAUUUAACAUAAAUCUCUCAAUUAAGUCGCUUAAAGGUUAUCCCGACGGAAUAUUUAGCAUAGAUUUCUCAAUUAAGCCGCUUAUAGGUUAUCCCGACGGUAAUACCACAGCAAGAAAUAAUAUUUUAAGCGUUCCAUUCAUAAAGACUUAA